AUGCCACCACUCCAUAAAAUUCUAUUGUUCACAACAACACUUGCCAGUUUAUUAUCAUUUUCCAUAGCAGGUGACACGUGCCGAGACUAUGAUAACAAUUGUAGAGACUGGAUUACGGUCAAUCCAAGGGCAUGCGAGUCAACAGAAUACAUUAAAACGAGCUGUCUCAAAAGUUGUGGACAGUGUGGAAGUGUGGAUCCAAAAUACGACCUUCGCCGUCUUUCUCAAGAGCUGACACCAAUCGGGUUUUUGGUUGGAAAAUGGAGAUCAGAGCACGGAGGAAAAGCAAUCUUCCCCACAAUUCCGAAAUUCACAUUUGGAGAAGAAAUCGAAAUUUCGAUUCCAGACGAUGCUAUGCAAUCGGCCCAUGCUCUGAACUAUACAGCAUUUGCCUGGUCCAUCAAUGACAAAGAUGAGCUGCACAGUGAGUACGGAUACAUUUCAGUGAAGCCAAACACGAAAGAAGUUGCAUUGACGACGGUUAUGAAUAAUGGAUUCGUGACAGUUGAAGAAGGACCAGUGAAUGGAAAUCAGAUCCGGUUCAGGUUGAAAGAUAUUGGAAGAAUCAGUUUCAGCAGAGAUUUGCCAGUUCAUGAUCUGGUUCGUGAAUGGACACUUUUGGAUCGAUCGACUCUUCAAGCUCGUCUGAAUAUGGAGACACUAACCCACGGAAUGCAGGAGCACACAUUUAUCCGUUAUAACAAAAUAGAACCAUAA